AUCAUCUGCAACCCCCUCAACACUGCAUAUGGCCUAUCUUAUUGCUUUUUUUUAAACCAUAUAGGCCAUUAUUGAUGCCACUUGCUCUCUAUCUUCCUACCACCUGCCCCCUUACCCACAGAUUCAGUCAAAAUGCGCGGGUCUUAUCAUCCUGUUGGUGUCCGUGUUCAAGCAGUUGCUCUAAUGGCCCAGGACUUUGAUAUACAGCGUGUUGAAGCCAUCACUGGCAUGUCUAGCUGGACUAUUAAGCGCUGGGUCAAGAAGGCAAAGGAACGUGGCUUUAAUCCAGAGAUAGACCAGCGGAUUUUGACUGAAUAUGUGGAAGAUGAACCCCGUUCUGGCCGUCCUAAAGAAGUUACUCAAUCAAUUGAGGAGUCUAUUAUUUCUUCUGUUAAAAAAGACCAUAUUGGAUAUUUCUGUCUUGCCCAUAAAGACUGGACCCUGGAAGACUGGAAGAAUGUGAUAUUUACAGAUGAGACCUCAGUGGCUUUGAGCCACCGACGUGGAGGAAUUAGGAUAUGGCGUACUAAGGAUGAGGUAAAUGAUCCUACAUAGAUGGCUUCCUCGGCGGCUUCAGUGGACAGCCAGCCAAGCGCCUAAAAAAUUACUAGCGCCGAGCGAGACUUAUCUCGCACACCUCUGUAGUAAAGCGAAAUAUGCAGAUGGAGGAAAUCGUGUUUCUUGGAAUAGAACUGCGGGCUUGGUAUGCCCAGAAUUGCAUUUUGCCUCGCAUCGACGCGUGAUUGGCCGCAUAGAGACAGAUUCUUCGGAUUUCGAAUUACGAUCCCGAUCGAGACUCAAGGUUCAAGUUGAAGGAUCGGUCAUGGUUU